UAUCUUUUUUCCCGCAUAACACUUUUUUGUGUCUCAAAUUUCCCAUUUUUUUUUCUGCUUUCAGUUUUGAUCAUUCAUCACACAACAAGUUCUUCGAUUGUUAGGUACAAGAUUCGUGAGGGGCCAGCAAUGACCACAUCUCUUCUACUCCCAUCUCCUUCCUGUGCUUCUAUACUGAGCAAAGGGACUAACAGAAUUUGCACUCGUGCUUCAUUUCACACUCUUAAAUCCCAUGUGAAGAAGGGCUUCAGAGUUAGAGCACUUAAAGAAAAGACAGAGGAAAUUGAAAGUCCUUCUCAACAAUCUUCACCUGAAGAAGUUACAAAGAAGUAUGGCCUUGAAGCUGGUCUUUGGCAGAUUUUCAGCUCAAAAGAGGAAGGAAAGGAUAAUUCUGAACAACAGAAAUCAAAAGGUGAUCAAGCCAAGGAAUUGCUAGCAAAAUAUGGAGGAGCAUACUUAGCCACCUCCAUUACUCUGUCAUUGAUCUCUUUCGCACUAUGUUAUGCAUUAAUUAGCGCUGGAAUUGAUGUACAAUCUUUACUGCAGAAGGUUGGAAUCUCAACUGAUGCGACUGGAGAGAAAGUUGGUACCUUUGCAUUGGCAUAUGCUGCACAUAAAGCUGCAUCUCCAAUUAGGUUUCCACCCACAGUAGCUCUUACCCCAAUUUUAGCUGGUUGGAUUGGAAAGAAAGUUGAGAAAGAUAAGUAGCUUGUAGUGGUACCUUCAAAUAACAAUGUUCCCUUGUAAUAUGCUUCUCUACAUAGUAUUUUCAAAUGAACAUUUAUUUUCCACCCUUCUGGUCAUGUACAUCCUUAUUAUUACUUUACGAUAAUGAAAAUGAUGUUUAAAAAUAAUAAACAGUCUAUUCGCCAA